GAAGACAUGAAGAGGUUGAUGUUGGAGUCAAACAAGCAGACUCAAGAGAUGGCAGCGUCAAUUGGAAAAACAGCUAGGAGACUCGAGGAAGUCUCUAUUGCAAUGUUAGAUGCACUAAAGGUGAUGACAAAAGGUUAUCAAUCAGAGUUAGAUCGAGAAAAGAUUAAAGCAGAAGCAGCAAAGUUAGAAGCAGAAAAGAAGACCGGAGAUAGAGAUGAUACUGUUAAAGCACAGAUAGCAAAAUUUGACAGCAAGACAAGAUGUUACAGAUGUGCUAAGACUGGACAUAGAAUCGAGGACUGUCCAUUGUCAAAAGACUUGUGGUUUUGCUAUUUUUUCCAGGACAUUAAAAAUCACAAAGGUGCAGAAUGCAAGGAAGGAAGACUCAAAAGUAAGAUUUUGAAUAAUGAUAAUAUAAAAUCUAGAGGUAAAGUAGAUAGACGAGGUUUUAUUAAAGUUAGAAAUAAUGUGAAUUCUAAGCCAUAUAAUAAUGAUAGACGUUUUAAGAAUUGUAAUAAGAAUAAUCAACAGUCAGCUCAAAAUGCACCUAAACGGGACAGUAGAAGUGCAAAAAGAGUGACUGAUGAAAGACAAGAGAAACCUAAUGACAGAAAGAAGUAGAGCAGUGGAAGCUGGAAACAAGAAAAUGGAGGGAGUGUUAAGAGUACAAGAUUUUCUUGUUCAGUUACUUAAUUAUUUAAGUCUUUAAUAUACUUUAUAUUUGUAUUUGCCGCUCAAAGCGACAACUAAAUCAAUAUUGAUUUAUACGGAGAUAGCGUCGGUCUACGCGCAGGCUAGCUGCGCAUACGACUCACUCUCCGGCUUGCUCGCUGUGGCUUGCACAUCUUGUUGCUUGGACGCUUGACUGUUCGUGUGCUACUAGUUACAACUCAAGCAUCCUUAUUAAUAUUGAUAACAUUAUUAUACGUAUUUUACUUGAUAGCUAAGAUUGUUUAGAAGUGUUUUA